AUGGUUGUUGGAGUCGCUCAGCUGUAUGCCGUUGUGGGCUUUGGCAUGGUCCUCGUGCACAACACGUUUCUCGUCUUUGCCGUCGAUACCUUUGUCGCCGUCCACCGAUUGGCCUUUGGCCCAUUUGCUUCGGCGCUGGCUGUCUUUGCUCUCUGGAAUUCGGUCAACGAUCUGGCCUUUGGCUGGCUCCUCGAUGGCUGGCUUCUCAAGCAUCAGCCAGACUCGCCGAACUGGAUCGGCGUGCACUACGGCCUUGCUCUUUGUGCCUACGAUGGUGUCUUUACUCUGGUUGUCCUCUUGCACAACGCGCUCAUGACAGAGCUCGCUGCUCGUCCCUCGGUUCGCGGCAAGGCCGUGUCGGCCAACGCGCUGGCAUCAGUCUUGGCCUCGCUCCCGGCCUUUGGCGCCUACUUGCUCUGGUCACCAACGGAUGGGCCGCGCUUUGCCGCCUUUCAGAAGCUCGCUGUGGUCUUUGCCGUCGUCUCGACGUUGGCCAUCGGCGGCGGAGCCUGGCUGCUGCAGCCACACGAGCGGCGGAUGCGGGAGAUGCGGGCACGGAAGCAGCGCGAGUCAGAGUCGGACAAGCUAAUGAUGGAGAAAAAGGAGGGCGAGUCUCAGCAGCGGCCGCUGUCGCUGAUGCGUGUGCUGGCGGCGCUGGCGUGCCUGCCCAACUUUGUCUGGUUCACCGCCGUCAACUUUCUGCAGAUCCUGGUGUGCUCGUUCAACAACACGUUCUUCCGGCUCUUCCUCGACUUUUAUCUCGGGUCUGUGGUGAGUGCAUCCGCGCGUGCGAUGCUUGUCACGGCGUCGUACGUUCUUCCGCACGUCUUUACCAUUGUCUCGGGCGCGCUAGUGGCCCGGCACGGUGCGUAUCUGGUCAUCCGCGCGCUCUUUCGGGCCCGAGUCGGUCUGGGCGUGGCGGCAUGGCUCGCGGUGGCCCUACCUGCUCUGGGCGGGACGACGACGGCUGCGGUGUGCCUCGGAAGCUUUGUCGUCCUCAAUCGGCUUGUCACCGAGGGCACGUGCCGGCUGAUGAACGUGGCUCUCGCCGACGUGGUUGAUGAGGAGGCGGCGGUGGCCAAGCGGGCGACGCCGCUCUCGGCGCUUAUCUUUGGCACCAACGCGUUUGUGACCAAGCCGGCUCAGUCGUUGGCGCCGGCGCUCGGGUGGUACUUUCUCUCUGCGAGCUCGUCGUUUGCGUCGCCGGCUGCCGACGGGAGUGCGGCAUCGUCGUUUUUUGCCAGCGACGGCGACGCGGACGCGCGGCAGGCGACGUACAGCGAGGCAUCGGGCGAGCUGCAGAGUCUGAUCGGCAAGCUCGUGGUGCUUGUGCCGGCGCUUGCUGGGAGCCUCCAGCUCCUCGCUUGGUCGCAGUACUCGCUGCGGGGCUGGUAUCUGCGGACGGUCAAGGCGAGCCACGAGGCGUGAGUCGCCGAGGCACAGGCGCCUGCGCGGUAAAUUUACGUGGGGCAG